AUGGCAGCUGACAUUUGUUCAGACCAUCCAAGUGCUUUUUGGGACAGGAAAAAGCAUAUUGUUACUCUGCCAUAUGAAGAUAAUUUUUCUGAAAAUGAUAUUCCCACUAAAUCUCGCUCCUGCCAAAUGAAUGCUGAAUUAGUGGAUUUUUGUAAAAAGGAAAUUGAUAAUUUAAUACAGAAAGGAUUAAUAAAGCCUUCAAAAUCUCCUUGGUCUUGUACUGCUUUUUAUGUAAAUGAAGUUGCAGAACAAGAAAGAGGUGUUCCAAGCAUGGGAGGAAAUGACCCUCCUCCUUGGUCACAAGCACGUGGCAGAGGGGGUAAAAAUCGAGGAAGAGGAAGAUCGACCUCUCAGUCUUCUCAAAGGUCGUCAUACGACUCAUCAUUUCCAAUAAUAUUGGGAAAUAAGGGACAUGUUAAUUCAAAAAUUGAUGAGGCAUCAUCAUCAUCUUCAACUAUCAAUUUGAAGGAUAUUUGUCGUUACAAUAUUCCAACAAAUAGUCCAUUAUAUCAGCAAUUACAAGCAUAUCUGCAAACAAAAGAGCAAGGUGAUACCUAUGCUUCUUUAGCAAAAGAGGGCGAUAUGCAAAAAUGCUCUGAAAAAGCAACUGCCAAAGAAAUCAUAUUUCUUUUGGAAAACUCUGAUAUUCAGAGAAGUAAUGAACCUUGGAAGAUAUUCUAA